AAGGCGUUCUCUCUGAACAAAUCGUUCACUAACAACACACACUAGCACGGGGCUGAUGCGCUUGACAGGCACAUUUAACCGCGGGCUAUUGACCAGGAGCCAGGCAGCUCUAAUUUAACUGGCUUGCUCAGAGGAAAGAAAAUUUGUUGAGAAUGGACCUGACAGCCGAGAGUCACUCCAUCCUUUUGAGUGAUGGGAACAAAAUGCCUUUGAUUGGACUGGGAACUUACGGGGAUCCCCGCACGACUCCCAAAGGAACUGCAUGCGAAUCAGUGAAAGUGGCUAUUGAAGCUGGAUACAGACACAUUGAUGGAGCUUUGGUCUACUUCAACGAACAUGAGGUGGGACAGGCCAUACGGGAGAAAAUUGCUGAUGGAACCGUGAAGAGAGAGGAUAUCUUCUACUGUGGGAAGCUGUGGAAUACAUUCCAUCGACCUGAACUGGUGCGGCCAACUCUGGAGAGGACCCUCAAGACUUUACAACUUGAGUUUGUGGACCUAUACAUUGUAGAAAUGCCUACAGCCUUCAGGCCAGGGGACACAUUCUACCCCAAGGACGAGAAUGGGAAGUACAUAUACGAUGAGACAGAUCUCUGUGCUACAUGGGAGGCUUUGGAAGCAUGCAAAGAUGCUGGGCUGACCAAAUCUCUCGGAGUAUCCAACUUCAACAAGCGACAACUGGAGCUGAUUUUAAACAAACCUGGACUGAAGCAUAAACCGGUGUCAAAUCAGGUUGAAUGUCAUCCCUAUUUCACACAGCCAAAGCUGCUCGAGUACUGUCGGCAGAAUGACAUUGUUAUUGUGGGAUACAGCCCCAUAGGGACCUCUAGAGAUGCUUCCUGGGUGAACCUGACAUGCCCCCCGCUGCUGGAGGAUGAGCUCCUGGCAUCCAUCGCCAAGAAGUACAACAAGAGCACAGCCCAGGUGGCUCUGCGGUUCAAUGUGCAGAGAGGGGUGGUGGUCAUACCGAAGAGCUUCAGCCCCCAUCGCAUCAAGGAGAAUUUCCAGAUAUUCGACUUCUCGCUCUCCGAGGCUGAGAUGAAAGCAAUCGAGGGGCUGAACAAGAACAUUCGCUUUGUGGAGCUUCUUAUGUGGGCUGAUCAUCCAGAGUAUCCCUUUCAUGAUGACUACUAGAGUCCUCUGACAUCAACUCAUCACUUUUGCACAAGCAGAAAUAACUAACAAUGGUUAGUCUUGGCACUACAAGUAAACAUCUCUUUUGUCAAAACUGUUUUUUUUGUUUUUUUUUUUUAAAUAUAUGUCUUAAUCAGUGAUUUUACUUUCAAGGUUUGACUUAGGUGCUGUACUUUGCUAUAUACUGCAAAUCAUAUCUGCUACAUCUCUUUUAAGAAUAAUGUUCCCUCCAAUAAAAAAAUGUGUAUUGGCUGAGCUAAUUCUCUCUGCUUAAGUGAAAUUUCAACAAUACAACAGUUCUACUGGUGUAAUGUGUCAUGGUGCUUUUUCCACUACUGCACACUUGUUGUAAUGCCUGUGCAACUUUUUAUGCAGUAACUUUAACAUCCAGCAGAGGUCGCGCUCCAUCUAGCCUACAUCAUAGACAGCGAAUGCUCUCCGUAUCACUUUUAUGAUGCGUUUCAUCAAAUAUUUUGCGAUACAAUGUAUAAUACAACUUCAAGCAUUUUAUUUCUCAAAAAAUUGGAUUAUUACAAUAAAAUUGUGGAAUGUCACACCAGAGUAU